AGCAAGCUCAGGAACUGAAGGAAGGGUUACACCUUCCCAUGCUUAGUGGCCCUGCGUUAAAAUAGAGCUCAGGGACUGAGGAUGUAGCUCAGUGAUAGAGCAUCUGUAGCAUGUGUGAUGCCCUGGGUUCCAUGCCCAGUGUUGCAAAAAAUAAAAUAAGAUGGAGGUUGAAAGGGAGAACGGGAAUCAUUGGUAAAGCUGAUUGGCAACUCGAGUCUGUUGUACUUCUGCCUGGGGAGCUUGGAGAUGUGGGGGGUUGUUGAUACUUGGAUUCAGCAAGGAUUGGUCACAAUCCUUUAUGCUAUGGUGGGACAGAUGGGCUUUGGAUGUGGGAUGUGUUGAGUAAGGUGGUCAAGCACCUUCCACCCCAGUGGAAGAAAGGGUGAACAUUUAAUUUGCCAAAGACAAACACCUCUAAUCCUAGCAACUAGGGAGGCUGAGUCAGGAGGAUUACAAGUUCGAGGCCAGCCUCAGCAGUUUAGCGGGAUCCUCUCACUCUUGUUUCAAAAUAAAAGGGCUGGGGAUGAAGGUCAGUGGUAAAGCACCCCUGAGUUCCAUCCCCUGUACCUCCCUCCAGAAAAACAAAGACCCUCCCCUCCCCACAAGUUCUUCCUUCGCUGGGAGGAGAGCAGACCACUCUUCCCUGUCCAUCCUGAGAGUGAUAAGGAGAGUUGGGAGAGUAACCUCAGAUAAAGUCCAAGGCAACAAAUGGGGCCGAUUUCUUGAGCUCAGCUAAGCUCAAAGUCUCAGCUUGAAUCUUGACCAAAGUCCAUGGCUUGGCAUUCAUUGAAUAGCUAGCUGGUGUGCCUUUUCCCUUGAUUUAAAUAAGUGAAUAAAUAAAUAAACUGGGAAGGGAUUAAAUGUCUCCCCCGUAGUAUGGUAGACUGGCUAAAUCAGCUUAUUUCCCUUCUAUGAAAAUUUUAAGUACUAUGUUAACAAUUCUCUUUGAAAAUCCUCAAAGGAAUGUUUUAUCACGAAAUGCUAAAGAAAAACAAUCUAUUUAUGUUCCCACCUUAAUUUUAACCUCUUUCUUAAGUGAAUUUUUUUUUUUCCUCCUGAAUUCUUGUACGUUGGGUCACUCUGAAAUGGAUUAUUGACUAGGAAUGAGGCCACGCUAAAAAAACUAAGCAGCUUUAAGAAGAAAAGCCGCCUAGGACUAUUGCUUGUGGUCAGAAGCCAGUAGAAUGAGUCUGGGAAUUACCCAGCAGGUGAACAAGUAUUUGUUGAACACCCUCCUUGUUCAAGAGCCUUCUGGAAGGGAGAAGUAUUUGGGGGCUAAAGGUCAACAAAUACUGGUUGAAUCUAAUGGCACUUGAAAUAAGUUGCCUUUUGGAGAGUGGAAGAAUUUAAUUUCUGAACAGUUGAUUCACUCGUCUCCGGAUGACAUGACUGUUUAUUUGGGCUUCCUUUUAUUUUGAUUAAGUUUUUGUUCUUUCAGGAAACCUUAGAGAAACCUCAACCAUCUGGAACUCAGAAACUCACUGGGGGCUGACUGCAGCUUCUAGAACAUCCAGGUGUUCUGCAGAUGAGAGAAUUUGUCCUGCAGUCACCAGAUGGAGUCCCAGACAGAUGCCAAGCUUGGGCUGCGGCUCUAACAUCCCUGAAUACAGAGGGGUCACUUGCAGAGUUGCCAGAAGGGCCCUCAAUGACACCGACACGUCUAGUCAUCUUUAUGAAGCUGCCGUGGGAAACAUCUCCCCUCGUGAGUCAAGCCAAGUCCGGGGCUGCCAGUGUCCUGACUCCUGUGAAUUAGGAUUCCAGAUGGGGGCCUCGUUUCUGUACUCCCCGGCAUCCCCCCAGCCAUCACAUCCACCACCACUGCCACCAGUAGGUUCUGGAAAACUCUACUCCUAAGGGACCUGCUGCAUUAAAAGUGAGCAGAGAGGAAGCGCUCGGAAAAGUCUCCGCUGGUGGCCUGCCAUCGUUCCAGACACCAGGAGUCUCCCCCUUGUCACCAUGGGCUGGCUUUUUCUAAAGGUUUUGUUGGUAGGAGUGAGUUGCUCUGGAUUUCUUUAUCCCUUCGUGGACUUUUGCCUCAGGGGGAAAACGAUGGGCCAGAAACCAAAUAUCGUGAUCAUUUUGGCCGAUGACAUGGGGUGGGGUGACCUAGGAGCAAACUGGGCAGAAAUGAAGGACACUGCCAACCUUGAUAAGAUGGCUUCAGAAGGAAUGAGGUUUGUGGACUUCCACGCAGCCGCCUCCACCUGCUCGCCCUCCCGGGCCUCCCUGCUCACCGGCCGCCUGGGCCUGCGCAAUGGAGUCACGCACAACUUCGCGGUCACCUCUGCGGGGGGACUCCCGCUCAACGAGACCACCUUGGCGGAGGUGCUGCGGCCGGCCGGCUACGUCACCGGGAUGAUAGGCAAAUGGCAUCUUGGGCAUCAUGGCUCUUAUCACCCCAACUUCCGUGGUUUUGACUACUACUUUGGGAUUCCAUACAGCCACGAUAUGGGCUGUACUGAUGCCCCGGGCUACGACCACCCUCCUUGUCCAGCAUGUCCACCGGGCAACGGCUCCUCGAGGAACCUUGAAAGGGACUGCUACCCGGACAUCGCCCUUCCUCUCUACGAGAACCUCAACAUCGUGGAACAGCCCGUGAACCUGAGCGGCCUCGCGCGGAAGUACGCCGAGAAGGCGACCCAGUUCAUCCAGCAGGCAAGUGCCAGCGGAAGACCCUUCCUGCUCUACGUGGGCCUGGCCCACAUGCAUGUGCCCCUAGCUGUGGCUGGACCACGGGCAAACCCACGGGGCCAAAGCCCAUACCGCGCGGGUCUCCGGGAGAUGGACAGUCUGGUGGGUCAGAUCAAGGACAAAGUCGACCACAUGGAAAAGGAAAACACGCUCCUCUGGUUUACAGGAGACAAUGGCCCGUGGGCUCAGAAGUGUGAACUGGCAGGCAGCGUGGGUCCCUUCACUGGACGGUGGCAAAUCCAUCAAGGGGGAAGCCCAGCCAAGCAGACCACCUGGGAAGGUGGGCACCGGGUCCCGGCCCUGGCUUACUGGCCCGGCACAGUCCCAGCCAACGUCACCAGCACUGCCUUGUUAAGUGUGCUGGACAUUUUCCCCACUGUGGUGGCCCUGGCGCAGGCCACUUUGCCCCAAGACCGACGCUUUGAUGGACUGGAUGCCUCUGAGGUGCUCCUGGGCAGGUCGCAGACGGGGCACAGGGUGCUGUUCCACCCCAACAGCGGUGCAGCUGGAGAGUACGGAGCCCUGCAGACUGUCCGCCUGGAGAGGUACAAAGCCUUCUAUAUCACCGGUGGAGCCAGAGCUUGUGACGGAAGCAUUGGGCCUGAGCAGCAGCAAGAUCCUCCUCUUAUUUUCGAUCUCCAAGAAGACGCUGCAGAAGGGGAGCCUCUACAGAGAGCGGGUGCUGAGUACCAGGCCGUGCUGCCCAAGGUCAGGAAGGUUCUCGCAGACGUCCUUCAAGACAUUGCCAAUGACAACAUCUCCAGAGCCGAUUACACACAGGAUCCUUCAGUAAUUCCCUGUUGUAAUCCCUACCAAAUCGCCUGCCGCUGCCAAACCACGUAACCGGCCAGUUUUUCCACUGAGGGAUGGCUGGAAAUCAGACGGGCAGGUUCGCUUUCAAACUUGAUUUACCCUCUUUACCAACCUAGGCUAUGAAAACAAGUCUUGGAAUUUUGUCUGGGGGCCACCACUUGGCAACUCCUCUUUGCAUACUGUCCCUUUUCCAUGCUGUCCUGAGGGAUGCCCCUGAGCGGAGCUGGGUCUGGGGUGGUGAGUGUAGUGCAAUGGAACGCUCACCGGCUUCAGAGUCACGCACAGGUUCCAGCCCCAGGAUUUGACCUUGGGCAGUUAACCUCACUUGCAAGGUGAUUUCAAAGGUUAAGUAAAGCAGUUUAUGAAAAUGCAUCGUGUGUCACCUGACACAGAGCAGAUACCUGGUGUGUUUUAGUUUCCUCUUCACAUUAGCAUAGACUGGUACCAACCAGUAUGUGCAGACCAUCCCCAUCUUUAUUUUUCUUUUAUGUUGCUGGGGAUUGAACCCAGGGCCUCAUGCAUGCCGGGCAAGUGCUCUACCACUGAGCUACACCCCAGCUCUUCCAUCUGUAAUAGGCAUACAAAUCACCUGGGAUCCUGUAAAAAUGCAGACUCUGGCUCCGAAGGUGUGGAGGCGCCUGAGCACUCACACUUCUGGCAGGCUCCCAGGGGAUGCCGGGAGCAGCGAGGGAGCUGGACCAGAUGAAGUCAGGUCCCUUUCCAGGUCUCGGAGCACGAGAGUCCAGGGCUAAGCCCGUGACCCCUUCCUCCUUCCCCCCUUUUAAAGGUCAAGUGAGUGUAGUGUCAAGACUUCUUCCUGAACCCUGAAGCUCCCAAGAAAUAAAGUUUAAGAAAACUAAAAAAUGCAUUGCCAUGAUUUUAUUAUUAGUGUCCUAAAUGGGACUUGAAGGUAAUAAAUGAUUUAUUCCAAUCACUGCAAAAAUA